AGAUCAAGCUUUCGAAGACAUUGAACACAAUAUUUGACACUGAUGAAGGUCACCCCAAGAAGUCUACAUUAGUAUCAUAUUAUUUUCAUUUUUUCAUCUAAAACAUUGCAAUUUCUAUCCCAAGUGAAAUAUUCAUGCCAAGUUUUAUUAAAUUAAGACCAUUCAUGGCUCAUUUUGCAAAUUUUUAUGAUGAAUUUAAUGAAUAUUCUUAUUUAAAAAUGUGCUGUAAAUGAAAUUGUUAGUGGUGGUGUUGUUCCAAAACUUCAUGAAAUUUUGUAAAUAUUUUCAAAGAAGACACAUCAUACCUAAACGAGGCUCAAGGCCGUAUAAGAGAACGAGGCUGACCUGGAUCAACCUGGAUAUAGAAGCGCAUAUACUUCAAUUUCCAGUCAUGUUGCAAGAGGAGGAAGACACCACAGUUCUGCUGGGCAGCAGCUGGGAUGAUCAGACAGCAGAAGAGGACAACAUUGAACACUUUGGCGCGGAGCUGAACGGCGCUGCCGCCGAGCCGUCCCGCUCGGACGGGCCACCCUCCCCCGGUAGCGGCGGCCACACCUCGGCGCUGGUACUGGCCGCCUCCCUGGUGGCGGCCACCGGUGGUCUGCUGUUCGGAUACGACGUCGGAGUGAUCAGCGUGGCUCAGCUGCAGCUGCAGAAGCAGCUCGGCCUCAGCUGUACAGCCCGGGAGGCGGUCGUCAGCUGCAUGAUGGCCGGAGCGCUGCUGGCGUCCAUGCUCGGAGGAAUCAUCAUCGACUCGGCGGGCCGAAAGUUCACCAUCAUCGUCAACGCCAUUCUGUUUGUUAUCGGUGCGUCGAUGUUGGCCGGCGCCAGCAGUCUGCCGGUGCUGCUUCUGGGAAGGCUGGUGGUGGGUUUCGCUGUGUCACUGUCGGCCAUUAGUGAGUGUAUCUACAUCUCGGAGAUCGCUCCGGCACACCGGCGCGGCAUGCUCGUCUCGCUGAAUGAGAUGGCCAUCACCGUCGGCUUUCUGGCGUCGUUCCUCGCCGGUUUUGUCUACGUGGAUGUAGAGAACGGCUGGAGGUACAUGUUUGGCAUGGCCGUGGUGCCGGCCGUCUUCCAGGCUCUGGGCAUGCUGUUUUUGCCGCGCACGCCGCACUUUCUGCUGCUGAAGCGGCAGGAGGACAAGGCGGAGAAGGUGCUUCAGCGUCUGACGGGUCAGCAGGACGUCCGUCAGCGGCUGGCGCACAUCCGGCUGGCGGUGACCGAGCAGCGCGACGCGCGGUGCUCGCAGAUCUGCGCCGCCGAACACAACAUGGCCGACCGUAUGUUCAUCGGCAUGGGCCUGGUGUUCUUUCAACAGUUCACCGGACAGCCCAACGUAAUGAGCUAUGCGCCCACCAUACUGCAGAUGGUCGGAUUCUGCUCGGACGCCGCCGCUACCAUGGCAACCGUGGGCCUCGGCGUCGUCAAGGUGGUAUCGACAGUGUGCGCUCUGCUGCUGGUGGACCGCGCCGGCCGGCGCACCUUCCUCCUAGCCGGCAGUCUGCUGAUGGCGCUCUGCCUGCUCGGACUCUCAGUCGCCACCUCGGUACAGCAGGUCGGCCUGCCGGAGGGGGCCGUCUGUAAGCCGCCCGGCCCCGUCGGAGCAGCCACCGAGCCGCCGGCCGUACAGGCGUCUCUGACUCUGGAGCCGCUGCCCACUCCGCUGCCGCUCCGCGCGGGCCCGCUGGACGGAGCAGGGUGGCCGGGAGUGACGCCGGCAGCAGGGCCAGUCGUGACGACGCCCGUAACGCGAGUGACGACGGCCGGUGUGACACCAACUCCAACAUCCGCGUCUGUGAUAGACGCGACGGAUGUGAACUCUCCUCCAGGCGCCAGUGGCGGCACGACAUCCCCAACUAUAACUUCAACACAGCCAGUUACAACACCCAGUCCUACCGCCACUCCUACUCCAACCCCUACCACCCUCACACCAUCCAACUCCUCUGACGCGGCCUCCAACGCCACCUGGUGCGGGGCGGACCCCGACCAGCAUCCGUCUCUCCCCUACCUGGCGUUUGCCUCACUCAUGGGCUACGUGGCGGCGUAUGCGUUCGGGUUCGGCCCGAUGACCUGGCUGGUGCUCAGCGAGAUCUACCCUCCGGCGAUCCGCGGACGUGCGGUAGCUGUAGCCACCUCGCUCAACUGGCUCUCCAACAUGGUCAUAUCGGCUACGUUCCUGCAGGCAGUUGAACUGCUGUCUGUCAGUGGCACAUUCCUGGGCUACGCGUUGCUGUGCCUGAUCUCAGCCUUCUUCGUAUUCUUCUCUGUGCCAGAGACACGAGGCAAAUCCCUGCACGAGAUCUCCGAGGAACUCAGCAAAAAGUCCCUGGACGCCCGCGCUCGCUCGCAGCUGCGGCGGCUCUGUCGCAUCAAGAAGCACAGCCGUCCGGCGCAGCACUACGACUUGGUGGCGGCGGGCAGCUCGUCAGCUACCUCCACCGCGCUGGUGGUGCCCUCGUAGCGUCCGUCCGGCCGUCCGUUCCGGUCCGCCGUCCCUCCCAGGUGCGUCCCGUCCCGUCCCGCCCGGUUCCAGUCUCGUCCGAACGGUCCCCGCCCAAUCCGGCCGUCCGUGCUGCCCCCAGUCCUGUGUAUGUGUGUGGUACACGGCUCUAUCUGGUACACCAGCCAGGGGGCUUUGUGGUCUGUUUUCUGACAGACUUAUGUGCAAUUAUUCUUUGAACAGGCUUGGGCCUAAUCGUCACAGCCAGUCAGCAUUAGUCUCCACUCACAUCGCCCGAUGUUCUCCCGGUAACCUUGCUCUUACCUCGCUCUUAUCGCCCCCUCCCCUCGCCCACUGCUUGCUCUACACACGAACAUGUCUCGCAGAGUGAAACAGCCUUUAGAGCGUUAGGUUAGAGGCCCUCCGGUAGGCGGCGCUGGAGUCUGCGGUCCAUAGAUGAAACUCCAGUGAUCUCGCCCGGUUGAUAGUUCAGAGCUGGUUGGUUGAUCGUAGACGCUGACCCUUGGUCGUUCGGGGAGCUGCAAUCACGAGACAGGCUCUGUGAGUUCGGUUAAUUGAUGCAUUCACGGCCGGUCGACUGCUCCAGUAGACAGGAUCUCCACUGUCCUGAGCUGUGGCCUGCCGAUACUGCAGCAAUUCGUUAUACGACCGCUAGAUGUCAGUUGAGUCGUUGGGUUAACAGCAACUGAUAGGAGGUAGCCGUGUGUUGGACUCUACUGGGCCGAGCCGGGGGUGAAACUGCGGUGUUAUUGUAACAAAGAGCUGUGAUGUUCGCUCGCAAAGGCCUCUCGUCGCGUCCCCUGUGGAGGGCUUAUUCGCUCCAUGAGCAGGUGCCGUAUCAUUCAGGACUCAGUUCGACUCAAGACGUGUUUCGGAUGAGGACAGCUCUCCGCGCAGAGGAAUUGUGACUUGUGAUAGUUUUAGAUUCCAUAGAUAGUCCAGUUUUCUGCUUAGGUGACGGCUCAUCUGCCAGUGAAACAGUUAUUGUGCAAUCUAUAAAAGUAAUAGUGCCAUGGAGUCAGACAUUGACGGUAAAUGUUGUUUGCACGUUGUGUCAACUGUCAAGUAUAUACGCUCAUACGGCAUAUUUUCUAAUGUAAAUAAUGGUUGUCAUGUGUAACCGAACAAGGGCAUGAUUCAGAGGCAUUCCCGUAAAGACAUUCCGCAAUAUAUUCUACCCACUGUGCUUAGUUUGAUGUGCGUUCACAAUUUUAUGACGAUGCAGCAAAAGCUGCUGAUGAUCAGAUCAGGGUGUUUCCGAUUGGUGGACUGUCAAUUGUCACAAAUGACAGUUGCGCGUUGCAAUAGGGGUUGUGUAGCUGUGUUGUGGUGUUUCCAGCGUUGUGACAUGUGCAACUGCCACUUCUUCUGUGGUGUGAAAUAGUGGUCGUGUUACUGGGACCAAGUUAUGAAUGUUCAGUGUGUGCCAGUUAUACAUUGUGAUAGCGUUGUGAAACUGCCUCACCUUUGUGAAAAACGUCACUAAGCCGUGAUUGGCCUUCUAAACACGACAGACGUAUGUGUGCACUGUGAUUUAACUUCUUCAGUGAGCCACUUGGUCCGACUUUGCAGCCAUUCCAGUUUAGGUGCUGUACGCAAGUCUCCAUAUAUAUAUAAUUUGUUUACCCAGCCUUCAUAACAUAAUACUCGGCAUUAAUAUCAAACAGGCGCGUUAUUCGAAGAUUGCUGAUCAUUGACCAUGAAAUGCUGUGACUCUGUUGUCAGUUGUGGACAUGCACUGAAUAAAUGCAUUUGUAACGUUCUAAUUAUUUUUAGAUAUGAGAGGGUAUGUGCCAUACGUUAUUUUUAGGAAUGGGGAAGUUUAUGUCAUGUUUGUGCGGUCAAGUUAUGUCGUAUACUAUUUUCUUGGAAGUAUCUGAUGCUAUCGGUCCAUUAAACAUUCCUGUAUUGCUUAUACUUGGCUCAACUGGUUUGCGUCGAAUGUCCACAAUAUUUUUAAGGUUAUACUUGUCGCUAUUUUGUAUCGCUUUAUCACUCCAUGCACUUACCUUGUCUGAUUUUGUGUUUGACGUUUUUUGUAUCGCUUUAUCACUCCAUGCACUUACCUUGUCUGAUUUUGUGUUUGACGUUUGUCACUUGCUACUAAUGCUAUUACUUUUAACACUUCUCAAAUGACAAUAUAUGAAGGGAAAGGUU